AUUGGUUUUUUUCCCGUCAUCCCCCGGGGCCCGCGGCCUUGAAGGCCCAGAGGCAGCGUGCGGACACACUUGCUGGUGCGGAAGCGCUACGUGGCCCCCGUGGGACCGGACCCCCCAGACCCCCCGGACCACCAGCUCCCCAGGAGAAGCAGGCCCCGAAGCCACUGGUGGAGGCAGAACUGGGCAAGAUGCAGGUAGACGAAGCGGGGGCUGCAGAGGACGCCCCGCUUCCUGGGGAGGGGGUGAAACGGCCCCUCAGCCCACCCAGCUCGCCAGAAGUAGUGAGCUCUGAGAAGAAGCAGAGGUUCAACUCGGAGUCAGAGCACAGCUCCGAUGACUCGGAUCCCGGUCCCCAGGCCACGCGGCUGCUUGGCAGCUCCAAGAGCACUGUAGCAGUGAGAGGGAUGGCGAAAGGCCUGACUAAGAAAGGAGUAAAACAGGCUGCGGUGGAGAGCAAAAGUCCCUCCUUGAAGAAGUCCCCAAAGGAGGGCCAAACUAGUGAAGAGGAGCAGAAUGGGAAACCGAGGGGAACAGGCAGGGCAGUGAAGAAUGAGAGCAGGAAGCCCAAGGACAGUCAGGGAAAGAAGCAGAGGGGACCGACGAGGAGGAAGGGAGCAAAAAUGGAGAGCGAAAGCAGUGAGGAUGAGCAGGAAGAGGACCGCAGGAAGAGAAGGCAGGCAGUUCAGAAGAAGGGAGCAAAAAAAGCUCUGGAGAAUGAGAGUGAGGAGGAGGAAGAAGAAGGAAAAAGCCGGGCGGGGAAGCAACCUAUGGGGAAAUUAGUGAGGAAAGGAAACAGGGAAGAGGUGGAGAAUGGUGAGAGGAAAGAGAGUGAGGAGGAAGAGAGUAGCAAGAGGAAAGGCGGGGUUAAGAACACAGGAGCAAAAGCCCCGGUGGAGGAUAAAACAAGUAGUGAAGAGGAGGCAAGUAGAGAAAACUGUACCAAGUGGAAGAACGGUGGAGCAAGGGAAAGAAAGAACAGAAGCGGGGCCAGGAAAGGGGGAAAGAAAAGUACAUCUGAGAGCGAGAGUAGUGAGGAAGAGGAGGAGGGAGGUGGCAAGCAGAAGAGAGGUUCUGGAAAGAAAGGAAAGAAAAGGGCAGUGGCAGAGGAGGGCAGUGAAGAUGACAGCAGUCCAGCAGUGAGGAAGGGAACAAGAAAGCCCUCGAGGGAGAAGAGUAAUAAUGAAGAGGGCGGCAGCGGUGACAAGAAGAAAGGCCAAGCUGGGAAGAAGGGGGCAAAGAAGUCACGGGAGAGUGAAAGCAGUCAAGGAGAAGAGAGUAGCGAGGAGGACGGCGAGAAGGGAAGUGUGGGCAGGAAGAGGGGAGCCAGAGAGACAGGGAAAGAACGGGAGAGGGCAAGUAGUGAGGAUAAUAGCGAGGAGACAGGCUGUGAGGGGAAGAAGGCUGAAGAAAAAUCACCGAAAACUGACAGUGAGAAAGGCGAGAGCUCCGAGGACGAAAAAGAAAGUGACGAGGACAGCGGGGAGAAGACAAACGUGCCCAGGAAGGAUGGAGAAGGAGCCAAACCAAGCACCCCUUCUUCCUCCUCCUCUUCCUCACGGAACAAUAGUCCCCAGCCCAAAAAGAAGGCCUCCCGCCGUGGAGAGGAUCACCCGGCAGUGGUCCGGCUAAAGCGCUACAUCCGGGCCUGCGGGGCGCACCGCAACUACAAGAGGUUGCUGGGAUCUUGCCGCUCUCACAAAGAACGGCUCACCGUGCUCCGGGCCGAGCUGCAGGCCUUGGGCAUGAAGGGUAAUCCCUCCCUGGAGAAGUGCCGAGCCGUGAAGGAGCAGAGAGAGGAGGCGGCCGAGAUGGCGUCCCUGGACGUCAGCAACAUCAUCAGCACCUCAGGCCGGCCCCGCCGCCGGGCCGCCUGGCCCCCUCCGCAAGAAGCCGGCCCCGGCCCCGGGGGCCGCGCUCGCCCAGCGCUGGACUCGGACGGGGAGGAGUCGCCGUCUCGCCCGUUGCCUCCCGACUGGUCCAACCUGCGUGGGAUCAUCAGCAGCGACGGGGAGAGUGACUGAAUAGGAAGAGGGUGCCCCGCGGAGCCUUCGGACAAAACGCGGCGAGAGACGACGACGGGCCGGAGCUUGCGCUGCGAUACACGCCGGGCGCAGCCGGCUCUUCCGACACGAGGCCACGCGGCACCGGAACGGGCUCGCCUUGCGGGAAGGUCGCUCCGUGCUUCUUCCCCGGCGUCCUAAACCGACGACGAGCAGGCGGUGUGACAAAACCGCACGUAGAGAACCACCCUUGGGGCUGUAUAUAUGUAUAAAAGACGUACUACUCCUCCCACCUUGGUGCCUUGCCCCGGAGCGGGGGAUCGCUAGGGAAAAGGUUCUGGUGAAGCAGGAGGGAGAGGGAGCCGUGCUCGAUCAUGUUCGUCCCUCGCGUUCGGGGCGGAGGGUUGUCACUUUUUAAGCCUCCAAUAAAUGACUGUUUAUCACUUGAA